GCGGCUAAUUCAAGAUGGCGGAGAUGGACCAGCUAGAUGAGAGUAAGUAACAACACGAAUUUAACAAGACUUUUAAACUACCAAUACAAUUAUGUGAGGAAAUGCUUAUUUUAAAAACCUUGUAUGUGUUACUAUUAUUAACUGAAUACUUGUCGCACUUUUUUCCUGAAGCGUUUGUAAACUCAUUUUCUAGACGCAAAAGCUAGUGAGCUAACGCUUGUUAGCAAGUUAGCUUGGUAAGCAGCUAGCUAGCUAGCUAGCUAACAUUAGUACGCUAGCUAGCUAGCUAGCUAGCCAGCUACCUGCUCUAAAAUAAUUAGGCGAUGGUCAUUAUGGCUAACUAAAGGUUAGCAGGCUUGUUGCCCGUUAGCUAACGACCUAGCAAGCUAACGUUAGCUAGCUGAGCUUUUUUUGUUUAUUUGAUUUCUGAAUAUUUGUACCUAACUUACUUAACUAGCUAGCUACAUUUAGCUAACUGUUAGCGAGUUGCUUAUAUUAUCCACUGUUCCCUAAAAUAAAUACUUUGUAUAGGUGUCUUGUUGCUUUAACAUCUAAAAACAAAUCGCCUAUUCAGUCUUCUCUGUCAAGACAAGACACUGACAGAACAGCCGUCUAAUGGGUGAUGUGAGGGGUCAUACUGCUGGCUAGCUGUCAUUAUCUGACAUAUUUUUCUGGUAACUGUUCUAGCCACAAUAAUUGCCAAUUUCCAAGGUAUUAUUUAACAAACAUCGAUUGUAGAGAGUUGAAAUAUGAACUGUCAGACCACCUGCUAUUCUUUCUAACUGUAUUUAGCUAACUACCUUUGUCCAACAAGGUAGCCUUUCUCAAUAAUUGACCUUGGGGUUAUUGGGUUAGUAAAGAUUACAUUCUCUCCAAUGAGCAUUGUUUUGUCCCAACGCUUUUAGUAUUUGCAUAUACAGAUGCCCCUGGGCUAUAUGGUGACUGCUGACUGAUGGAGCUCAUCUAUUCCUCACUAUGACACACCACAUUUGGGAUUCUCACUAAUAUUACACAUUUUAUUUGACCUACGGUUUUUCUUAUACAGUGCCUGUAGAAAGCCUACACCCCCCUGGAAUUAAAAUGCAUCUCUCUUCCCCCCCACCCUACCCUACCCUACCCUACCCUACCCUACCCUACCACUUCAAGUGAAAAAUAUAUAAUGGAUUAAAAAAGAAAAUCAAACUCAUCGCUUGGUUGGAUAAGUGUCCAACCCCUUGUAAUAUAAAUCUUAAAUUAGCUCAGGUGUAACCAACCACCUUCAAAAUCACACAAGUUAAUUGGCCUCCACCUGUGUUAAAUUGUAGUGAUUUCAGGAUCAAUUCAGCAGUUCCUGUAGGUUCCCUCUGCUGGGUAGGACAUUGCAGAGUAAACACUCAACCAUGAGCACCAAUGAGCUUUGAAAAUAACUCCAGGACAAAGUUGUGGAAUGGCACAGAUCAGGGGAUGGGUAUACAAAUAUUUUAAAAGCCCUUCAAUAUCCUUUGGAGCACGGUCAAGACGAUUUUAUUAAGUGGAAGGUGUAUGGCAUCACCAACACCCUGUCUAGAUCAGGCUUUCCUUCCAAACUGGAUGACCGAGCAAGUAGGAGACUGAUCAGAGAGGCUGCCAAGAGUCCAAAGGCAACUUUUAUGGCCAAGACUGGUUAAAGUCUGUAAAGAAGGGGAAAGGGGAUACCUAGUUAGUUGCACAAUUUAAUGCAUUCAAAUGUAUCUAAUGCAAUAUAACCCAACUCCUCUGAAUCGGAGAGGCACGGGGUGGCAAGAAGGAAGCCAUUACUCAAGAAAGCCCACCUUGAAUCCUGUUUUGAAGUAUGCAAAACAAAAACACUCGAGAUUCUUUAGCCAUGUGUGAAAGUUUUGUGGUUUGACGAAACUACAAUUGAAAUGCAAAGCGUUACGUUUAUCAGGAUUGAAGGGAAAAUGAAUGGAGCAAUGUACAGAAAAGUCCUUGAGGGAAAACCUGCUGCCCUCUGCAAGAAAGCUGAAACUGGGACGGAAGUUCACCUUUUCAGCAUGACAUGACAACGAUCUGAUGCACACAUCCAAAGCUACAGUGGAGUGGCUAAGGAAUAAAAAGGUAAAUGUAAAUGUCCCAGUCAGAGUCCGGACCUAAAUCCAAUCGAAAAUGUGUGGCAUGACUUCGAUUGCUACCCAAUGAACUUAACGGAGCUUGAACAGUUUUGUGAAGAAGAAUGGUCAAAUAUCGCCAAAUCUAGUGUGCAAAUUUAGUGGAGACCUAUCCCAACAGUCUAACAGCUGUAAUUGCUGCCUACGGUGCUUCCACCAAGCAUUAACUCAGGGGGGUGGAGACUUAUCCAAUGCUAUUUUUUUAAAUAUAUAGAAUUUUUCACAUUCCCUUUAAGUGGAGUAUGGUGUGUAGAUAAGUGGGGGAAACAAUCCUUAUUUAAAUGCAUGAAACUCUGAGGCACUGACAGAACAAAAUGUUCAAGGGGGUGUAGACUUUCCAUAGGCACUCGGUUUAUUAGGUACACCCACCUAGUACCGGGUCGGACCCCUCAUUGCUCCAGAACUGUCUGAAUUCUUCGGGGUAUGGAUUCUACAAGGUAUGGCUUACAAACGUUGCUCAGUUGGUAUCAAGGGACCUAACGUGUGCCAGGAAAAAUUUCCCCACACCAUUACUCCACCGUCACCAGCCUGUACCGUUGACACCAGGCAGGAUGGGGCCAUGGACUCAUGCUGCUUAUGCCAAAUCCUGACUCUGCCAUCAGCAUGACGCAACAGGAACCGGGAUUCGUCGGACCAGGCAAUGUCUUUCCACUCCUCAAUUGUCCAGUGUUGGUGAUCGCGUGCCCACUGGAGACGCUUCUUGUUUUUAGCUGAUAGGAAUGGAACCCGGUGUGGUUUUCUGCUGCAGUAGCCCAUCCGUGACGAGGACCGACGAGUUGUGCGUUCCGAGAUGCCGUUCUGCACACCACUGUUGUACUGCGCCGUUAUGUGCCUGUUUGUCGCCCGCCUGUUAGCCUGCAAGAUUCUUGCCCUUCUCCUCAUCAACAAGCUGUUUUUCACUGACUGGAGUUUUUUCUUUUUUUCGCACCAUUCUCGGUAAACCCUAGCUGCUGUGGUACGUGAAAUGCCCAGAGGCCAGCCUUUUCGAAGAUACUGGAACCGGCGCGCCUGGCACUGAUCAUACCACGCUCAGUCGCUUAGGUCACUCAUUUUGCCCAUUCUAACGUUCAACCGAACAGUAACUGGAUGCCUGUCUGCCUGCUGUAUAUAGCAAGCCAUGGUCACCUGGGUUACUGUCUGUAGGAGGUAACUAUUUUCGUGAACGGGGUGGUGUACCUAAUAAACUGGCCACUGAGUGAGUGUAUAUUCAUGGGUUUGGAUUUAGUCACACAGUCCUCAAACGAGAGGAAGGAUGAAUAGGUAUGCAGGAUUUUGUAAAAGUGGAGGACAUAUUCCAUGUCUGUCUCGGAUAAUUCCCCCUCUCUUCUCUUGAUUGCAGGCUCUUCAGCAGAGGCGCUAGUCAGUCUUAAAGGUACUGUAGCUUAACACAUUGCAUUGAUUGUCCCUGUCUGUGUAUGUAGCCUAUGUAUUGUGUAUACUGCAGGCUCACUUUGACCCUGUUUUUCCCAAAAGUUUGGAGAUGUCAGUCCCUCAUUGGAUUAGGAGUCUUUAAAAGCCUCUCUAAAGAAAGAGCUUAAAAAUGCAACACACAGGUGAUGUGUCAUAGACCAGGAACUAAGCCCAUUUGAACUCUUAACUUGUCAAUUGUUAGUGUGAGUCUGUCAAUGCGCUUUAUUCACUGAUGUCAUUGUGUGAUGUGGUAAGUAUGUAGUUUUAAGUAGUGAACUCUCCUUUACUGUAUGACCACUGAUUGCAGAAGACGUGAUAGGAUAAAUUAAUAAUGUGGAAACCAGUCCUUUCACCUAUGGCAGGGCUUGACAUUAACUUUUUUAGCCACUUGUUCUUUGGACAAGUAGGACUGAUUUGCAACUCUGCCUAGAAGGUCAGCAUCCCGGAGUCGCCUCUUCACUGUUGACGUUGAGAAUGGUGUGUUGCGGGUACUAUUUAAUGAAGCUGCCAGUUGAGGACCUGUGAGGCGUCUGUUUCUCAAACUAGACACUAAUGUAUUUGUCCUCUUGCUCAGUUGUGCACCGGGGCCUCCCACUCCUCUUUCUAUUCUGGUUAGAGACAGUUUGUGCUGUUCUGUGAAGGGAGUAGUACACAGCGUUGUACGAGAUCUUCAGUUUCUUGGCAAUUUGUCGCAUGGAAUAGCCUUCAUUUCUCAGAACAAGAAUAGACUGACGAGUUUCAGAAGAAAGUUAUUGGUUCUGGCCAUUUUGAGCCUGUAAUCGAACCCACAAUUGCUGAUGCUCCAGAUACUCAACUAGGCUCAAGAAGGCCAGUUUUAUUGCUUCUUUAAUCAGCACAACAGUUUUCAGCUGUGCUAAUAUAAUUGCAAAAGGGUUUUCUAAUGAUCAAUUAGUCUUUUAAAAUGAUAAACGUGGAUUAGCAAACACAACGUGCCAUUGGAACACAGGACUGAUGGUUGCUGAUAAUGGGCCUCUGUACGCCUAUGUAGAUAUUCCAUUAAAAAUCAGCCGUUUCCAGCUACAAUAGCCAUUUACAACAUUAACAAUGUCUACACUGUAUUUCUGAUAAAUGUUAUGUUAUUUUAAUGAAGAAAAAGAUAGCUUUUCUUUCGAAAACAAGGACAUUUCUAAGUGACCCCAAACUUUUGAACGGUAGUGUACAUGAGUGCCAGUGGAAAGUUUUUUAUUUUAGGACAUGACAAUGACAUUAAUACUUGCUAAUAGUGAACUAGUGAGAACCAGCCAAACUAUACAAUAUGUUUUGAAUUGGCUAUUUAGUUAGUCAUGUAUAUCAUUAUUUUACCUGCUGCACAAAUGGCUCUCUCUCUCUCCUCUGGCAACGGCCCACUGGCACACCAGGAUUUUCAUUGCAGACCAAAAAUGCGCUGUAACUGGGCAAAUAACUCACUAACUAGCAAUGAAUAUCAACAAAUGUGCACACGCGGCUCGCUUUGAUCUCAAAAGCGCAUCUUGCGACUGCAUGAUUGAAAGACCGCUCAUGCCUGUCAAUGUAGGCAGGCCUACAAUAAUUAUACUCCGAUGCGCUCUGCAGAGAUUGGGAGGACCGUGUGCAACACAUUGCAUCCGGAGGAUACUGAUCCAAUUCUGAUAGGAGUAGCCGAAUUGUUUGAUAUUGUGUUUUUUGCAGGUAUUUAUUUUAUUUUAUUUAAAUUUAUUUUCCCUGGGCAAUGGGACAAGCGUUAAUUUCGAGCCCUGUAUGGGUCAUGAAGGAAGGAGACUAGGAAAGGAGGACAUUUCAGAGUUUGGGAAAUAGACUUGUAAACGAUGAGGGAGCAGUGGUGAUUUGUAAGAUGCAAGUUUAAUCUAUUUUUGAUAACGCCACAUUUUGUGAAUCUCCAGAGGGCAGUCUGUCAAAUACUUUGAAUGAGAAGCAAACAAAAUCUCACAACACGAGAGGACGACACACCUUGGUGUCCAUGGAAACGGUGAGAUGGCCAAUCUAGCCCUUCGUCACAUCUAUCCUUUGAAACUCUUUAGGUCUUGUAUUGAUUUUAUCUCUGGUGAUUCAAUCACUGUUGAUUAAGUGGGCACUGAUAUUCUUAUCAGCACUUCCCAUGAGCAGUUUGUCAAAGUUACCCUCAAUGUUCUGAUUUGCACAAUCAAUUCUACCUGGUUGACACUUCAUUUGUAUUCUGAACAAAUCAGUGCCCCCGUUUCAUCUUAGAUGGGAUAGGCGUGUGCAAUAAGCAAUACUAUCUGCACAUUUGAAAACAUUUUUUAUAAAGCAUUGACAUGAUUCUCACCUAUAUGCUGACCCUCCCCUCCCUGUGUCCAGCCCACGCGAAGCUCCAAGAGGAGCAGACUGUUUAGGGAGGAGGAGGAGCAGCGCCUCCCAUCCAGAUCCCCUAGAAGGAGCCAGAGGGUCACCUCUGUACCCCAGGUAUAGCUCCAGCUCACACAGCAGGGCAAAGCAAACCCUGUUGCAUCUGUAAAAUAAAUGCCUUGCUUUUGGCCCGCAUCAUUGUCCUAUCCCCUCACUGCAAAUACACAGCCUCCUUUAAACCCAGAGGAGCAAUGUGAAAGCAUUUCCUCCUAUAGAUCAACUACUAUAGCUCAGGAUAACCCAAUGUGCUUUUGUAAACUAUUUAGUGACUUAAUUCUUGUUCAUUUGUUUUGAUUGUUUUCUUUCAGAAGUUUGCUAAUGUGACGACCCCAGAUAAGAAAGUGUCUCAGAGAAUCGGGCUGAGGUUGAGAAACCUCCUCAAACUUCCUAAAGCACACAAAUGGUGCAUCUACGAGUGGUUCUAUUCUAACAUCGACGGGUAAGCUACACUACCACGACAGCUGUAUUACACACACACACACCCAGUGUGGAAUUCCUUUGACCUCUGCCACCUUUUCCUCCACCCAGACCUUUAUUUGAAGGGGACAAUGACUUCUGCCUGUGCCUGAAGGAAUCCUUUCCCAACCUGAAGACCAGGAAGUUGACCCGUGUGGAGUGGGGUACAAUCAGGAGACUGAUGGGGAAACCCAGACGGUAUUGUUCAUUAUUACAGCACAUUCUCUUUUUAAAGACUGACCUUCCAAAUCUGAUUUUCUUUGCUCUCCAUUUCUCGGUGUCCUUUUGAAGUGAAUAGAUUGUCCCCAUGAAUAUCCCUCUCUGUUUUCAUUAUUUCGAGACACCAAUGAUAAACACCUUGUGCACACCGUGGAAUCUCAGGGAAAUAUCCUGGAAUGUUAAUUAAAGAAAGAAACCUUUCUUGGUUGUCUUUUUCAUGCACACUAAGUAUACCAGCUCUGUGUGUCUAAUUGACUUAGUUAAAUGUUCCCCUUUAGGUGUUCGUCUGCGUUCUUUGCUGAGGAGCGGACUGCGCUGAGACAGAAGAGGCAGAAGAUGCGUAUGCUGCAGCAGAGGAAGUUUUUUGACGUGGCACACUGCAAAGACCUCCCCGACGAGAUCCCCCUGCCGCUCGUCAUAGGAACCAAAGUCACCGGUAAAACACUGUAGUGAUGGCAACUAAAAUAACUUCUUAAAUACCAGCAGCCCAUACCCUAAAAGUAGCUAUCAGCAAACCUGUAGUCAUAGCACCUAAAGUCCCCUGUAAAUCUCCAGAUUAGAUGGAUUCUGUGUGUUCCAGCUCGUCUUAGGGGAGUCCAUGACGGCCUGUUCACUGGGCAGAUCGAUGCCGUGGAUACGGGCGCUGCUACUUACCGUGUGACCUUUGACCGGAAUGGGCUGGGCACACACACCGUGCCUGAUUACGAAGUGCUGGUACGCCUGGUCUUCAUUACACUCAUUCAGCAUUGACAUGUUAGAACAGGGAUUCUCGGCAGACAUCAAACGUACAGAGAAACCUGAGUCUUUGUCCAUCACCAGCAGUGCUGUCUAAAGUCCAUGGAAAAAUAUCAACUUAAAAAGCAAAGCAUUUAGAAACAUCCUUCAAUCACAAACAUGCUACAUGGAAAUCAGCAGUAAUUCACAAGGGAACAAGAUAAUGCCAAUAAGUGGUUUUCUGCUGUAUUACCAACGAUAAGGUUGAUUUAAUUAUAUUGUUUCUUCCCUCUCCAGAGUAACGAGCCCAACGAGACCAUGCCCAUCUCAACCUUCGCACAGAAACUUAGACCCUCCCGCUUCCAGAACUUCAUGACCCCUCCCAGAGUGACCUACCCCGCCGCCACCACACCUGUCCUCAUGGUAAGCAGGAAACAGUGCACAAUGACUUCAAUGCACAUUAUAGUUUCAUCACUUCUAAUCAUUAAUUUCUGAUUGAGGAAAUCUGGGAUACUGGUUAGGUGACGUCGUUACAGUUUUAUUUGAGAUUACUGUGAAUGGUUCAUAUACUUCUAUUGCUAUAACAUGAUUAUGACUGAUCCUUGACUGACAAUUGUCUCUCAAUUGUAUUCAAUAUUGCUUUGCUUAUUUGCCAUCGGAAUUGACACAUCUAUGCCUGUGACAGGACAAUGAUCCCCUCAUCAGCCAGUCUCCAUGGAAAAACAAACUCCCUGGAGCGGACGGGGACACACUCGGAGGAUUCCCUGUCAAGUUCCUCGUCCAAGUGGUCAGUCUUCCUGUCUUGGCUCUGCUUCUAGGAUAAUAUAGCAUAAUGUAAACGUAAAUAUGUCCCACUAAGAAUCUCUCCCUCCUAGACGAGGCUCUCCAAGAUCCUCAUGAUCAAGAAAGAACACAUCAAGCACUUGAAGGAUAUGAACGCAGAGGCUGAAAAACUGGUAGGCUCCCAGAAAAUACUAAGACAGUACUAUGACAGACAAUGUUCCUAAUAGUGUAUUCUGUCAUAGAAAUAGUAAAAAAGUGACAAAGUAAAUAUAUACAGCUUAACAUUUAAAUGUGUUGUGUGUUUGUAGAAAUCGUGCUCGACGCCUAUAGGCCUGGAGUUCCAGAAGCGUUAUGCCACCACAGUCCUGGAGCUGGAGCAGCUCAAUAAAGACCUGAACAAGGUGCUGCACGAGGUCCAGCAGUUCUGCUAUGAGGUGAGGACACACUGGCACAUCUUUUGGUCUCAUCUCAGUAAAAGGGUCCUCUGUAGCUCAGCUGGUAGAGCACGGCGCUUGUAACGCCAAGGUAGUGGGUUCGAUCCCGGGACCACACAUACACAAAAAUGUAUGCACGCAUGACUCUAAGUCGCUUUGGAUAAAAGCAUCUGCUAAAUGGCUUAUUAUUAUUAUUAUUAUUAUUAUUAUUAUUAUUAUUAUAUUUCAUUGUCUUGCAGCUAGAUGUGUAACAGAUUGUCUUACCUCCUAGGAGUGUACUUAGCAAGAAGGCAUGAGACGAGCAAAACAUCAGCGAUAGUCGUCUUUAGAUGAUAAUCAACGAAGGGUGUCUCAAUAAUGACGUUGUGCCGAUAAAUUGCAUAUUUGUUUCUUCGGCUGGUCCCAGAACAGUUUUAUACGACAAUAUGAAUCGAAGCAUGUAUGCCCCUCUGUCCUCUCCAGCUGGCCCCAGAUCAGGGCAUGGCUCCUGCAGAUCGGCCCACAGAGCUGCGUCAGCGCUGUGAGGAGGAGGCCAAGGAGAUGGUGCAGCAGACCAACACCCUCCGUGACGACCAGCAGUGCGUCUCCAACGCCAGCCUCACACACCUCAUCUCAGGCCUUACUGCCUUACUGCUGCAGAUCAAGGUUAGUAUAUGGUGCACAGACACAGCAUCACAGCACUACUCAAUUGAUUUGUUUGCCUGAGCAUGUAUUUGUUUGUGUUCCAGUGUCUGGCUGAGGGAGGAGACCUGAACUCCUUUGAAUUUAAAUCGCUGACUGACUCUCUGAACGACAUAAAAAGCUCAAUAGACCCCUCCAACCUCAGGUGAGUGCCUCUACAGUUCACAUCCAUUCUGCCCAAUGUUUCGUCCUAUUUAGAGUUAUGAGGGGAGAUGGAUGACAGUGAUGGAAGACUUCAGAGGAAGGGAUAGCAAUAUGGCCAAGAUGGCGGGUGCAUGUUCACCUGGUCUUAAUGUUUGUCCUAUCCUGCCUGUGCAGUUGCUUCCAGAACAACGUAGAGAUUCACGUAGCCCACAUCCAGAGUGGUCUGAGUCAGCUGGGAAACCUCCACGCCUUUGCAGCCAACAACACCAACACGGUCUGAACACACACAGAGAGCGGCCUGGUCAGCACCAACUAAGUGGAACAUACACACUAUCUCGAGUGACUGUGAAAGAAGAGGUCGGUUUGUGGAUCCCCUGACUUUCAAACAAAAAGCCCCCACUGAAAUGAUCUGGCUCAACAUGUAGGCUAUGUUUCCGUGGUUGUGGGGAAAUAUCCUUACUUUUCUCACAGCUGUCUGUCAUCCACAUGUUUGAUUUUAUUGUAUAUAUGUCUUUGAAAAUGAUUUGUUUACUGUAAUGAACACGGACAAAAUGUAAUGUCAAACCGGCCCUGGUCUAUAGACUAGACUUUGGUCACUGCAAGAAUUCACACACAAAAUUCCAGUUGUAGAUUUAUUCUAUGGUCUCAUGUGCCAAACAGUACUUCAAGCAGUUUCUAUUAUAAUCCAUAUUUAUUUUUAAGAGUUGGUGAUAAAACAAGAUUUAGCAUUUGGAGCUUCCCUUUGAGUCAAUGUUUUUGUGUUCCUUUACUCCACUGGUAGUAAGCACAGGGUAGGCUAAAGAAUGUUUUGUAAAAUUGUUUAUUGUAGAUAUUUGUACAAUACCUUUAUGAGUACUCUGAUUUAUCGUUGACAUUUGUGUAACCCUCUGAGAUGGCUUUUGUAAUUUUGUGUGCACUGAAGAGAUUUUAGUAUUUUUGUAAAAUGAGAAUUCUGGUUUUUGAUGCAGUUGACUCAAAUGGAUUGACAGCCUCGAAAGGGCACUGUUGAAGCAUCAGGCCUACAUGUAACCUAAAUUCAAACACAAUACUGAGGUGAUAAAUGUUUGUUCCCAGAAUUUCUCCAUUUCACCUUUUUUGUUUUGUAAAUCUGUAUAUGGGAAUUUGUAAAUAUUCCUUGCUGUCAUUUUAUAUUAAACAUAUAGCCAAGCAAACUAAUGUCAUGCCUUUGUGACAAUUGAUAAGGAUAGGUGAGGAACAAAUUACACAGCACGGGUAGAUUAAAUGUAAUAUAUAUUUUAUUUGGUAGCCUG